GUGUGUUUUUCAUACAUCUGAAUCUGCAGUGCCUUUAGUUUUACUGUAUAAUUCUACUUUGAAUAGUUUAUGGAGAGGCGCGUCUGGUUGCGCGUCUGCGCAUGAAGUUUGUCCCACGUCGCGGCCAGUACCUGGCCGAAGAACGCGACAACAGGCGACAUUCGAACUGGUUCGACUUCAUUUGGGUUGAAUCUUCCUCUUGUUGCUCUGAAAAUGUUGUGGUUUGUCGCGGUUCUGUGGUCGCUGGCGUCCGUCUUCGGGGAGAACCCGUGUCCGUGUCAGAGGCCGGAGCUUUGUCGACCGAUCCAGAAGCACAGAGACUUUGAGGUGUUUGUGUUUGAUGUGGGCGGAAAGACGUGGAAGUCGUACAACUGGAGCAUGGUGACGACUGUGGCCACGUUUGGGAAAUAUGACGCAGAGCUCAUGUGCUACGCUCACUCCAAAGGAGCACGAGUAGUCCUCAAAGGUGAUGUCCCCCUGUCUCACAUUGUGGACCGAGAUAACAGGACGGCGUGGAUAACAGAGAAAGUUAAUUUGGCCAAGAGUCAGUUUAUGGACGGGAUCAACAUCGAUAUUGAACAAGCGGUGGAGAAGGGGUCGCCUGAGUACCAAGCCCUGACAGACCUGGUCAAUGAGACCACGCAGGCCUUCCACAGCGCCAUCCGAGGUUCUCAGGUCUCCUUUGAUGUUGCCUGGUCUUCGAAGGGCAUCGACAAGCGCUUCUACGAUUACGUGGCCAUUGCUGAAUCCUGCGACCUGCUCUUUGUCAUGUCCUACGAUGAGCAGAGCCAGAUCACGGGGGACUGCAUCGCGAUGGCGAACGCCCCACUCGCCCAAACACUCGCCGCUUAUGACGAGUACGUAAACCUGAAGAUCGAUCCAAAGAAGCUUGUGAUGGGGGUGCCGUGGUAUGGCUACGACUACCCGUGCCUCAAUCUGUCCCAGGAAGGCGUUUGCUCCAUAGCCAAGGUUCCAUUCCGAGGAGCCCCCUGCAGCGAUGCAGCAGGAAAACAGAAGACGUACCGGUGGAUUAUGCAGCAGGUGACCAGCUCGCUGACUGGCAGGCUGUGGGACGACAAGCAGCAGGCUCCCUACUUCAAUUACAAGGACCAGAAGGGGCAGAUUCAUCAGGUCUGGUACGAUGACCCUCAGAGUAUUUGUCCCAAGGCAAAUGCUGUGCUGUCCAAAGGUCUGAGGGGCAUCGGCAUGUGGAACGGUAACAUCCUGGACUACAGCGACGACCCGGUCGCCAGGCAACACACCGCGCUGAUGUGGAACGCCUUGUUAGGAUGCUAGCUGGGAAAAGCUCUACACCCCUGCAGACAUUUACGCCACCAGCCUCUUUGUUUGUUGCUAAGUCAAUAUAUCCUAUUGUGGCAGAGACAACGCUGACGCUGAGUUCAGGGACGCGUACUUUGCACUUUAGAGUUUAUUGAUGCUUUUACUGCCGUUGCCUUUGAAUGUAACUGCCUCAGACAUUCCUCCGUGCUAACUGACCCGACACAAUCUCGUGAUUCACCUGUUCAGCUUGUUAACAUCUGUGCACUUUAAUAUUGUCCAUUAAUAAAAAAAAUAUUCAGUUAAAACACUUAA